AUGUUUGCAACAACCUUUGAACAUAACGAGACCGCUUACGGUUUCAAUCUAAGAGGGUUUCAAGCCUUUGUUCCAGAUGCUUUUGGUUCGGAUCCAGCCCAAAUGGAACGGUAUUAUAACGAGAUCUACGUUAACGGUCCGGAUUCAAGGUUCCCAAUAUCACCUGCCGCAAUAGCAGGUGCUGCCGCUUACAAGGCUGUUCGAUCACAACCACCAACCACGCCAUUUUACGGUGAUUUACAAACACUUCAUUUACAAGCCAUCUCAAAUAUCAAGUCGAUGGCUGCUCAAGAAGCCCAAAAUCUUUUGGCACGUUUCUGCCUACCUAACAUAGAUCCUAUGAUCGUUAUUAUAUCAGCUGAAGCUGCCGCACAUCGUUUAUAUGAUCAUGAAAACUUUGAUUAA